AUGGCAUUCCAGAGUCGAAACUACCUUACUGGUACAAGCUCCAUUUUCCAGCCUAUUGCACCCAGUCUAAGUGAUUCAACCUACAGGAAAACAGUUAUCCGAAAGUAUCAGGCGCCGAGUGUCUAUGGGGGAGCUGGUGGCUAUGGCACCCGCAUUUCCACCAGCACUAACUAUGGUGGAGGCUUUGGUGGUGGCUUUGGCAGUGGAUUUCAGCUCAACACCAGUGGUAGUGACAUCCUGCUUGCUGGAAAUGAGAAACUGACCAUGCAAAAUCUGAAUGACCGUUUGGCUUCCUAUCUGGAGAAAGUGCAUUUUCUAGAAAAAGCCAACUCCCAGCUUGAAAAGCAGAUCAGGGAGUGGUAUGCAAAUAGCUCCUCAACUACAAGGCAUGACCACAGUCCAUAUUUUAAAACCAUUGAAGACCUCCAAAACAAGAUUGGAGCUGCACAUCUGGAAAAUGCCCGGCUUGUCCUGCAGAUCGACAAUGCCAAGCUGGCUUCUGAUGACUUUAGAAUGAAGUAUGAGAAUGAGCUAGCAAUCAAACAAAAUGUGGAAAAUGAUCUUGCUGGACUACUCAGAGUCCUUGAUGACUUGACCUUGUCAAAGGCAGACUUAGCGCUACAGAUUGAAGGUCUGAAUGAAGAGCUGACUUUCCUCAAGAAAAACCAUGAAGGGGAAGUUGGUGAACUGCGUAAACAGUUAGGUGGCACAGUUAAUGUAGAGGUGGAUGCUGCUCCGAGCAUUGAUCUUGCCAAGAUUAUGGAAAACAUGAGACAGCAAUAUGAUAGCAUGGCAGAAAAGAAUCGUCAAGAGGCCAAAGACCGCUUUGAUAAACAGACAGAAGAAGUGAACCAGGAAGUCGCUAUUAAUAUUGAACAACUGCAAACCAAAAAAACGGAGAUCACAGAUCUGAGACGGACCUUCCAGGGCCUGGAGAUAGAACUGCAGUCCCAGCUUAGUACGAAAAAGGCUUUAGAAGACACACUGGCUGAGAUGGAAGCACUUUAUGGUUCACAACUUGCCCAAAUACAGGCUGCAAUUGGCAAUGUAGAGGCACAGCUGAUGCAGCUUCGAGCUGACAUGCAGAGCCAGAGUACUGAGUACAGUACUCUCCUGGACAUAAAGACACGGUUGGAGAUGGAGAUUGCCACAUACCGACGCCUACUGGAAGGAGAGGAUAGUAGCAGACAUUUCCAGCCAGAGAUAUCUACUAUAGAAGAGCCUGAGAGAGAAAUAAAUAAAAUUAGGAAGAUCAAGACAGUCGUUGAGGAGGUGAUUGAUGGCAAAGUUGUCUCCUCCGAGACCAAAGAGAUUGAAGAGAAGAUAUAA